AUGGCUGCUCAGGCUAGUGCGGAGCUGGAGAAGCUCACCCUGAACGGUCAGAAUGGCAAUGCCCAAGGGGACAACCCCGCUGCUGGCUCCUCUGCGAACGACGCGGCCGAGAACGGCGACUCGGAUGAUGAUAAAGAGGACGAAACUGGUGCUCCGGAAGGCGGCGCUGCUGGAGGCGCGAAGAAAAAGAAGCGCAAGUCCAAGAAGAAGAAGAAGGGAGGCGCAAAGAAGCAGACCUCUCCUCCGCGGAUUCCUGUCUCCGAGCUCUUCCCUAACAACCAAUAUCCCGAAGGCGAAAUCGUUGAGUAUCUGAAUGAGAACGCCUACCGGACCACCAACGAGGAGAAGCGCUACCUCGACCGCAUGAGGAAUGACUUCCUGCAGGAAUAUCGCCAGGCGGCUGAGGUUCACCGCCAGGUCCGCCAGUAUGCGCAGAAGACCAUCAAGCCCGGCCAGACCCUGACGGAAAUCGCGGAGAGCAUCGAGGACGCUGUCCGUGCCUUGACGGGCCACCAGGGCCUCGAGGAGGGAGACAAUCUCCUCGGAGGACUGGGUUUCCCGUGCGGCCUGAGUAUCAACCACUGCGCCGCCCACUACACCCCCAACGCCGGCAACAAGACGGUCCUGCAGAAGGGAGACGUAAUGAAAGUCGACUUCGGCGUCCACAUCAACGGAAGAAUCAUUGAUAGUGCCUUCACCAUGGCCUUUGACCCGGUCUACGAUAACCUUUUGGCUGCCGUUAAGGAUGCUACCAACACUGGCAUUCGGGAAGCAGGAAUCGACGUUCGUGUGUGCGACGUCGGUGCGGCCAUCCAGGAAACGAUGGAGAGCUAUGAGGUCGAAAUCAACGGGACCACAUACCCCGUGAAAGCGAUUCGCAACCUGAAUGGACACAACAUCGACCAACACAUCAUCCAUGGCGGUAAAAGCGUGCCCAUUGUCAAGGGUGGCGAUCAGACGAAGAUGGAGGAAGGCGAGGUCUUUGCGAUCGAAACCUUUGGCAGCACCGGGAAGGGCUACGUGAGAGACGAUAUGGAAACCUCUCAUUACGCCAAGAUUCCCGAUGCUCCCAACGUCCCUCUGCGGCUGUCGUCCGCGAAGAAUCUGUUGAAUGUGAUCACGAAGAAUUUUGGCACCUUGCCCUUCUGCCGCCGGUACCUUGACCGGCUUGGCCAGGAGAAAUAUCUUUUGGGACUGAAUAACCUUGUCUCUGCGGGAAUCGUUCAGGAUUACCCGCCCCUGUGCGAUAUCAAGGGCUCAUACACCGCCCAGUACGAACAUACCAUCGUGCUGCGACCGACCGUAAAGGAGAUUCUCAGCCGUGGUGAUGACUACUAA